CUGCUCGACCGGCUAGACGCGAGGCUCGUGCGCUGGGCUGGAGGUGAGAAGGAAAACAGGCAAUCUCUAAUGGAAGUGAACCAGAGUCCGCUAAAGGGAGACAUUCCGGGGUCAAGGAUGCAUUCCAAGAAAGUUCUAAAAAUAUUACCAGCUCCAACCUGUUAGUUCACCUAGCCAUGGAAAAUUUCAUUGGAUCCUCACUAGAUCAGACCAUAACUGGCACUUUUAAAAACUCUUCCCAUCAAAAAGUAUCAAGAAUGAAAAUCUAAGAUAUAUACCUGCUACUUCAAGACAGUUCUUGUACCAGCCAACAGUCUAGCAGAUAAGCUAGUUUCUUUGAUCAUCAAGCAGACAUACUCAAGCUACCAGCACAACAGAGGAAAAUGUCUCUAUAUCAAUGUUUUUCAUAUUAGGUAUGACACAGUGGUAGGUCAUGAAAUCAAUUCUGUGAGUCACAAUGAACAUUUUUUUAAAAAGAAAUAAAAUAUAUCAGGAUGCUUUGCAUGAAUCCUUUGCCAGAAUUGUGCACAUUGCAAGGAAUACUAAGAAAAAGGAUUAAUGAAGUGAAAUAUGCAGAAGCAUGUUCAAGUUCAACUGUUGGAUCUGGCAGUGUGAAUAGUGACGGUAUUGAGAAAAAUAUUGACUCUAAUCUGCAAACUUCAACUUUGUUUGAGCCACAUUUCAAAAAGAAAAAAGUAAGUGCAAGACGUUAUAAUGAAGAUUAUUUAAAAUAUGGUUUUAUCAAAUGUGAAAAACCCUUUGAAAAGGACAGACCUCAGUGUGUUAUUUGUAAUAAUAUUCUUGCAAAUGAAAGCUUAAAACCUUCAAAAUUAAAAAGGCAUUUAGAAACUCAGCAUGCUGAACUUAUUGAUAAGCCUCUUGAAUAUUUUCAAAGAAAGAAAAAAGAUAUAAAGUUAUCAACACAAUUUCUUAGUUCUACUACUGUUAGCGAGAAAGCCUUAUUGUCAUCAUAUUUAGUUGCGUAUCGUGUGGCAAAAGAGAAAAUGGCUCACACAGCUGCUGAAAAAAUUAUUCUUCCAGCAUGUUUGGAUAUGGUGCGUACAAUUUUUGAUGAUAAAUCAGCUGAUAAAUUAAAAACUAUACCUAGUGAUAACACAAUAUCUCUUCGAAUUUGUACUAUUGCAGAACAUUUAGAAACAAUGCUUAUUACUCGCUUACAGUCUGGUGUAGAUUUUGCGAUCCAGCUUGAUGAAAGCACUGAUAUUGGAAGCUGCAUGACACUUUUAGUUUAUGUCAGAUAUGUAUGGCAAGAUGAUUUUAUGGAGGAUUUUUUGUGUUGUUUAAAUUUAACCUCACACCUAAGUGGAUUAAAUAUUUUUACAGAAUUAGAAAAGUGCAUUGUUGGUCAAUAUAAAUUAAACUGGAAAAACUGCAAAGGAAUUACAAGUGAUGGAACAGCAAACAUAACUGGAAAACAUAGCAGAGUAGUUAAAAAAUUGCUAGAAGUUACUAAUAAUGGAGCUGUGUGGAAUCAUUGUUUUAUACAUCGUGAAGCGUUAGCAUCCAGGGAAAUUCCACAGAAUCUCAUGGAAGUAUUGAAAAAUGCAGUAAAAGUUGUUAAUUUUAUUAAAGGAAGCUCACUAAAUAGCCGACUUCUUGAAAUAUUUUGUUCAGAGAUUGGAACUAACCAUGCCCACUUACUGUAUCAUACCAAAGUUCGUUGGUUGUCUCAUGGGAAGAUACUAAGCAGGGUUUAUGAACUCAGGAAUGAAAUUCACAUUUUUCUCAUUGAAAAAAAAUCUCAUUUGGCAAGUAUUUUUGAAGAUGAUAUUUGGGUAACAAAAUUGGCAUAUUUAACUGAUGUUUUUGGUAUUCUGAAUGAACUGAGUUUAAAACUACAGGGGAAAAGCAGUGAUAUAUUUGAACAUGUCGAACGUAUCCAAGGAUUCCGAAAGACAUUAUUGUUAUGGGAAGCAAGGCUUAAAAGCAAUCAUCCUAGCUACUACAUGUUUCCAAGAUUUUUGCAACAUAUUGAAGAGAAUAUUAUUAAUGAAAACAUUUUGAAAGAAAUAAAGUUAGAGAUCUUGUUGCAUCUCACUUCUCUAUCCCAAACUUUUAAUCAUUUCUUUCCAGAAGAGAAAUUUGAAACAUUAAGGGGAAACUGUUGGGUAAAAGAUCCAUUUGCUUUUCGAAACCCAGAAUCAAUAGUUGAGUUAAACUUGGUGCCUGAAGAAGAGAAUGAGUUAUUGCAGCUUAGUUCUUCAUAUACAUUGAAGAAUGAUUAUGAAACACUAAGUUUAUCGGCGUUUUGGAUUAAGAUAAAGGAAGACUUUCCUUUGCUAAGUAGAAAGAGUGUCCUGCUAUUAUUACCAUUCACAACAACUAGUUUGUGUGAACUAGGGUUUUCAGUCUUAACCAAGUUAAAAACAAAGGAAAGAAAUGGAUUGAAUGGAACAGCAGAUAUGCGGGUAGCAUUGUCCUCCUGUGUUCCAGACUGGAAUGAACUUAUAAACAGGCAGGCACACCCAUCACAUUAAAUAAUUCUUACCUGAUUUUUGUUUUUGUGUUUCUUAUUUUGUGAUGUUUUUCUAUGUCAUGUUUAAAUGUAAAUAAAACAUUGUAA